AUGGCUCGCCAGCUUCCUCUCUUCUCCCACAACCCACAAAGUACAAACACGUUUCAACUUGGCAUGGGAGGGAUGACCCUUUUCCUGUGCGCCAUGGCGCUGUUCAUGUGCGCCUCGCACUCGCGUAGAUGGCGUGAAUGGAGAGCUUGCUAUGAACCCGACACCGAUGAUCCUGUUAUGCACAUUCAACACGGAAAUAUCGAACGAAGCACGGAUGCUAGCGAUGAACAAGAAGUCUCGGUUUGGCAGAAGAACAUACUGAUGGGUGGAAAGUGCCAACUGCCCGACUUUUCUGGUGUCAUAAUCUAUGACUCGGAAGGGAAUGUUGUCACACCUGCCAAAAGUCCGCGUUUAUUACUAACCUGGAAGUAG